AUGAAUAGAUUUAGAGUCGCAACUGACCAAUUAGACCUAUAUAAAGCAAGUCUAAUGAAUAGAGCUUUUUCUUCUAACCAAAAUAGCCGAAAUAAUGGAAAAUAUUUCCUUCAGCAACUAACCCAAUUCCAGAGUACCGAAAUAAAGGGAGAAGGAUCAGUGAUCAGAAAUUUAGAUAACUAA